AUGGCGCCAGCAAACAACGCACACACCCGCUCGCACUCACUCCUCUUAUUGCAAAAGCUACUGAACCUCCGCGAUGGCGCCAGUCCGCUCACCCUCAUCCUCGACAGUCUAGAGGGAACAGCACAGCCUCUCAUUUCCGAAUUUUUCUCUAGAGCAAAGAUCUCCAAAGCCAAAGUCAUAUUCCUCUCCUUCACAACUCUGAAGAAACCCCGUGAUGCCGAUGUAUUUGUCAAGGCUGCCGGCAAGGAACUCAAAAACGUGAGAGCAGAGCUGGUAUCGCAUUACCCUCCGUUCGAUCCAAGCACACAAAAGGACAAGCCAACGCAGCGUGCCAUCGUCGUUAUAGACUCUCUGAAUUCUCUGGCCUCCUCGGCGCCUCAUGCCAUAGCCAGCUUUCUCUCCAGCGUCCUCACUCCGGCGGUCUCUCUAGUACCCGUCUAUCACACAGAUGUGCCCGUCAUCCUCCCUCCUACGUGGAAUGAGUACGAGCCACAUCCUUUUACCGUUCUAUGUCAUCUAGCCACUGCCAUUCUACGUCUCUCAAGUCUGCAACAGGAGAUCGAAAGGCAAAAGGCGAGGAACAGAAGCCUUGUCGAGCCCGAGUGGGGUCUCAAGGAGGAUCGAGAGGGCGUACUCAUUGGUCUCACGGACCCCGGUAAAGACGCCGACAGGCACGGCGUCGUUAUUGAUAUGGAUCUACGGCGCAGGAGCGGAAGAACCGUAUCAGAGAAAUUCAUCCUCGUGCCUGCACCCUCGGGCGCGGGGCCUGGAAAGGUAUUUCUACUGGCUGACCACACCAUGUUCAAAUCGCCCGAGGACUCUCGAGGCGGCGAUGGGGAGGACGAACCAGAGAGCACAUUCAAUCUUGGUCUUACAGAAAAGCAGCGCAAGGAUAGGGAGGGGAUCGUGCUUCCCUACUUUGAUGCCCAGACCGAUAUUGGAGCUGGUGAGGGAGGACGGAUAUUGUAUGAGAUGGGCCGCGAGGAUGAUUUUGACGACGAAGAGGAUGAGAUUUAG